CAGGACAUCAGAAAUGAUACUGGAUAUGUUUUUCGGUUGGAUAAUAUUUACCUUGACCCCUCUUAUUGCAUCUGGGGAUAAAGAAGAGUCAUAUUGUGUAGAUGUGGUGUUUGUUCUUCAAACAUCGUGCAACCUCGUAUCACGAUAUGACAGGGAUAUUGUGGAUGAUGCUACACAAAUCAUCCGUCGCUUCGUUGACCAAGUGUCUACCGAUAAAAACUCAACCAUGACUCUAAUUACAUUUGAUGAGGUGGCCGAGGAGGUGAUAUCACCCCAAAUCCCAUCAAAGUUCCUUAGUUCUCUAGAGAAGGGAAUUUCAAGAGGUGAUCAUUGUCCAAACAAUUUUAAAGCAAAAACAGCAGAUGCUCUUACACUUGUUGACUCAAAAAAAUAUUUUUCAGUCGAUGGUAAAAGGGGCAAACUGGUGGUUGUUAUGAGUGAUGGUAUUUCAUUUGAUAUGAAAUCCAAUAUUGAUGUAACUUUUAAAAAGACAGAGAACGCAAUCGGAAACUUACGAAAGAAGGGUGUGGAUUUCGGUAUAUUUGAAUUUUACCACUCUAUCGAAUGGGGAGAUGAUGAUGAUAGGAGGGGUGAUGAUGAAUAUUCCCUCUACAAUACGGCACUUCGCAUGGACUUCAGCCAAGAUUACAACCUCGAUUUUGUUAAUGCACUGAGGAAAUGUAAAAACGAAGAUAAGCCUGUUAAAGAGUGUCGUGUUCCUACAUUGGACCUUAUCUACGUCUUUGAUCGUUCAUUGUCCAUCAGCCCAGAUAACAUUGAAAAAGUGAAAGAAUUCUUGGUACAACUGAGCAGAAAGAUUAUGGCGAAGUCUAAAGAAACCUGGAUAGGAGCACUGUCAUACAACUAUAAAGUUUUUCAUGAAUUUAAUCUGCGAGGGAAUGACGUAAAAAGAGAUAUUGAGGACAUAGUAGAAGCACUGGAAAACAUUUCUACAAGCACCGCAGAGGGAACCUACAGUCACAAAGCAUUAAAAGUAGCUCGAGAAUCUAUAAGAUAUCUGAACAAGGAGAAAAACAGGACUGAUGCCUUAGACCUGAUUAUAAUGAUAACAGAUGGUGUGACAAACAUAAGUCCCUAUCUGACCUCAAGUAGUCCACGAGAUAAAUUUUCAAACUUUACAAUUAAAGCAGCUAAACUACUGAAAACAGGGAAAAUAGAUUUGAUAGUAGUAGGAUUACCUAAUAUUCAGGCCCAGAGAAAUCUGAAUAGUGGCGAUGAUGACGAGCGGGAAUUUGCCAAGAAGAAGAUAACUGCUGCCAAUGCAGAAUGGGAAGGCAUGAUAGGUGCGGUGUAUCCAAAUGACCCAGAGAAGAAAAGAACCAAUCUUUUCACUUUGAAUAGUAUGGAAGAAUUGUUGAAAGAAUUUGAUAGCGUGAUCUUAGAUACAGUAUGCAAGAUGGAAUCCAAGCAAUAAGGUGCAAUUUGAAAGUCUGAGUUGUCCAUGUAUCACGCCUCUGUAAGAUAAAUAAAGAGCGAACCUAAAU